AUGUUUUUGACGGUUAAUUUGGAUGGGAGAACGGCCAAAAACACUGUUGCUAAUAGCAAGGUCACGGCUAACCUCACUGCGGUCAUUCACGAGGUAUGCAUUUCUUAUUGUCUUUCAAUAAUGUCCAUUUUAAGGUGCAACCCUUACGAGUAUUUUCAUCAUCAAUGGAGAAAAGUGUCAGUAAUUGGAAUUGUUGUUGGUGCAUUGAUAGAUGUGUGCGUAGAAGUUUGUGAAUUUUCACCUCUGGAGACUAAACUUCUUGCCCUUUCUGGUGCAUAUGUAGUGCAGCAGCUCAGACGGAUGGUUGUGAUCGUAGUGCUCGUGAAGGUGGCUGGGACCUUAUUUUUGGAAGAGAAGCUUCAGCUGGGAAUCCGGAGGCGAUGGUGGAGCACGGGCAAGAAAAGCGUCUCCGCUGGUGGGAAUUCGAAGCGGUGGAGGUUCAAGGUGAAGGAUCUCGUGCGGAGAAGCCAGAGCAAGGGGAGCAAGGGCAGUAUCGUCCUUUUGACUUACGAAACGAAGGUAGUUAGAGAAACGCCGGCGGGUGGCUGUGAUGUGAUUGCGGCGCCGCGACCGCGUGGUAUAAUCGCAUGGCGGCGAGAAGCGGUGGUCUAACCUGCCGUACAGGCAGGAUUUGGUG